AACUUUUCGUUUUUUUGCAACAUGAAGUGGAGGAAUUGAUUUGAAAUAGAGGUUAGGUCGGAAUUAUUGACCGUAGUCAAGUGCAUGAAUAUUGUAAAUAAUGUCGGAUAUUCUACAAAACUUGAUGAAAGCUAUUGGUGAAAGAAAUGAAAGCAAGAUCAUCGAAAACUUGAAAGUUUUAUUGUCACAAACAGAUGUUAUACUUACUAAUGUAGACUUAGUGAAAGAUUUACUAAAAUUCGACAAUAAUACAGAAAUCAUAAAAUUAUCAACAGAAGUAAUAGCAGAAACUGCACGAACAGAGUCAAAUCGAAAAGUAUGCACAGAUGACAAAUUAAUAAAUUCGUUAACAGAUUUAUUGGAGGACAAAGAUCCUGAUGUUAUUUUGAAUUCUGUGAGGGCUCUUGGAAACAUUUGUUAUGAAAAUGAGGAAGCCUGCAAUAUAAUUCACAAAAUUGGGAUCAAUAAAAUUUUAGAUAUCCUUAAAGAUGAUAAAACUAAAAAUGAAGAUGUUAAUAGUAUUCUGAUAACUAAAACAUCGGGGCUUUUGUUCAACUUACUUAAUAUGCAUGAAGGUUUGAUUCGAUCAUCUUUAAGUAAUGGGUUGAUGGAAAUAGUAGAAGAUAUACUGAAAAAGUAUUCAGAGAAACUUGAGAAACAUGAAACUCUGUUGAUUUUCCAAAUUUCUAUAUUAAAUACAGUUGAACAUUACUUAGAUGAGCAGCAUAUUCCUUUUAAACAACAACUUUGUAAAGUUUUAAUUGAUAUAUUUAAACAAUCCAGAACUCCAGAGAUAUGUGUAUUGUGCUUGGAAAUUUUUCAUGGUCAAUCUGAACAAGACGAAAUCAAAGUUCUUCUUGCCAAAGAAGGUAUUUGUGAAUUGUUAUUUGAACGUAUUGAGGAAUACAGACAUCAAGUUAAUGAUGAAGACAGCAGAAGUGUUUUAAAAAUGGCUUGUGAUUUUAUGGUGAUGAUUCUCUGUGGAGAUGAUUGUAUGAAUCUCUUAUAUAACAAUGGCCAAGGAAAAGUAUACAAAAACAUGAUCACUUGGUUAAAUAGUGAAGAUAAUGAUCUGUUAAGUACUGGUAUAUUAGCGAUUGGGAAUUUCGCAAGAAAAGAAUCACAUUGUAUUGAGAUGGCAAAUGAUGGAAUAUCUCAAAAGCUUAUAAAUAUUCUGAAGAAAUACAACACUAGUACAAGCUUAGAAGAUGUUAAAAUACAACAUGCUUUAUUAAGUACAUUGAAAAACUUGGUAAUUCCCCAAAAAAAUAAAUCCAAAAUAUUAAAAGAAGGACUUCUUGAAGUUAUUUAUCCUAUGAUCAAAAUUGACCAGUAUUUGGUUGUAUUUAAACUACUGGGAACUUUGCGAAUAGUCAUAGAUGGACAAGAAUCUGCAGCUUUAGACCUUAUCUCAAGAAAGGACCUGAUUGAAAGACUCGUAUAUUGGUGUUAUAAUUCAGAUCAUCUUGGUAUUAGAGGAGAAGUACCUAGACUAUUAUCAUGGUUGAUAAAGCAAUGCCAUUCUUUUAUACCUUUCAAGUUAUUACUAGAAAAUCCAGAUAGUAUUAAAUGUAUUGUAGAAAUGAUAUCAUCCAACCAUGCAGUGAUGCAAAAUGAAGCAUUUUAUGCUUUAACCUUGCUGUACCUUGGCUGUUCGAGUCAAAACACUGAUGACAAUAACAAAGAAUAUAGUGAUCUAGUUUCACUUAACAAGAUUUUAAUAAACGCUGAUAUUGGCAAAAAUUUAAAUUUCGUUUUGACAAAGUACGGCGAUAAAAUGGAUACAUGUACUAUAGAAAAUAUAUUAACUUUAUUAGAACAGAUUUGUAAAUCUACAGACGUUAUUGAUCAUUUGAAAAAUACUGAAAUACAAACACCUUUACCAAAAUUGUAUAAAAAUCCAAAUAUUGGAAAAGUGGACAAAUUAGACCACAUCAAGUCGUUAGUAUGCAAUUGAGCUUUUAUUGAAUUUUUAUGAUCAAUUUACUGAUUUGUAUCUGAGAGCUUAUAAAUAAUGAUAGUUUCCUCUCUACGUGCAAUUUGUCAAUAAUAAAUGACAACUAAUUGAAUAUAUUCUUGCGCAUAAAAUCUAUUAUUAUCACAGCAAGAAAUCAUUAAUGUUUAUUGCAGCAAAAUGGUUAGCUCCUCGAAAAAUAUAUUUUACCUUCAUAGGUUUAUUAACAUUUUGUUGUUCAUAAUAACGAAUUACCCUAAUUUUUGUAAAUCUAUCCCUAUCUUGUAUUUGUUGCAACCUCCGGUAUCCAAAGAUCAUUGAAAAAUAGGGAAAUUUACCUUCCAAGCAACUACGCUCGAAUAACAACAGAACCUUAAAAGAAAUAUUCGUAUAUGGUGAAAAUAUAGACAGGACCAGAAACGAGAAAGAAUUUAACAAAAAUAGUUAUAUAUAAUAGAGUCAUUUGAGACGAUACACUUACAAUGGAUCUUCAAACCAUUAUCCCUCCGCCUGCAACGUGCUGUAGAAGUAAAAUUCCUGUAACGUCGGUCUGAGAGCCCGAUAUCUAAAAAAGUCAAAUAAUAUUGUCAGUUGUUAUUUUUUUGCGGUAACAAGUCCGUUAUACAUCUUUUAUUAAGCCUCGCUAAGUUUUUGAUACAUUUUAUUAUACUUUUGUGGCACGAAAUACCCAUGUAAUUAUACGUACAGCAUUAUAUUUGAUAAUUGGCAUGCAUAAAACAAAAUAAUAUUUUUCAGUUGAAAAACUUCCAGGAGGAUUAAUUUAAUGUACAAACUAAACAAAAAAUAUGUUUUAUUCAUAUAAGUACAUUUAGACUAACAUUCAUAACUGGAACUAGUCAUCAGUAUCUUCCCAUGUAUAACAGUCACGACAAAUUCCAUUGAGGUGUUCUAAGCAAAGAAACCGGCUACAUUUUAGGCAUUUGUAUCUGUUUUUUCUAUUUUUCUUGGACGAACAUAGCAGACAUCGGCCAUAAAUUUGAUUUCAGUUUGCAGGAACAUUUUCAGCUUCUUUUCCACAUAUUUCUUGAAGGCGCAAUCGAAUUGUACGUGGAAGUCUCUUAUUUCUAGAUCUUCUUGAAAUAUGAUCCUGAACAAGCUCAUCUCCUAACUGCUCUAAAAAUGUUUGGUUGUUGCUCUCGAAUACUAUGCAUGAAUUAAUACCUGCCACAUUCAAAAGUUCAUAAAAAACAGCAAGUGGCCAUCUACGAGUUGAUCGUGCACAGUUGUAAGCUUCAGACAUUUGGUCCACUACAUAGACACCACCUUUUGUGUGAUUGUAAUCUACGAUUAUUUCAGGCUUUCCCUUAUCAUCAUGGUGCAUCGUUGUCAAAACAAUGACACAUUUGUUCUUACAUGGAACGUAGGACACUAAAGUGGACGUUUGGUUAAAGGCAAACAUUAAACUCUUCUCUGGUCUUCGGGUCAUAAUAAGUUCUGAAGGUAUCUGUGGUUUAUUCUUGCGCAUUGUACCUAUUAUUGUCAGAUGAUAAUCACGCAAAAAUGUAUACUAUACCGAUUUGGCUUGCUAGGUAUGUAUACCUUGAAUGCACAACGACCUCUAAAUGAAGCUAAUAUUUCAUCUACAGUUAGGUAAGCUGAAGGAUUCUUGGGUAAAUUUGAUAUAAACUCGUAAAAUUCUCACGAAAUGCAGCAAAUUUGUCAAAACUUUGUCUUUCAGCUCUUGUGUUUUUUUGGUUAAAACAAAUGUGGGCCAAGAGAAACUGAAAUCUUCUUUGGCACAUUAAUCUAAAUAUUUCCAUCACCAUCCCAUUGCCUCUAAAUAAAUCUUCAAUAUUUUAACGGCCACUUUUGUUAGCACCAGAAAUGUAUAGUAGACCAAUAAAGGCUUUCAGUUCUAUUGAAUCGGUGGUGUUAUGAAUCUUCAAGUCCUUAGUUUCAUAUGAUUUAGAUCGGAUGUACUAAUUCGUGUAAGAAACUAUUUUUUCUAGCAUAGUGCUCGUCAUGAAAUAUUCCCAUAUUUCAGAUGCUUUUUUUUUUCAAUUUAAUUUCGCCCUUUGGCCCUGGUAAAUGAGGCACUAUGUUCAUCGAGCGUGUUUUCACAUUUGUUUUGUAGUCAACAUGUUUUCGCCACUUUGAGCCGUCUUUAGAAACAAAAUACGGAGUUCUGUGCCGUUCCGGACACUCAUUCACCAAAUUCAUCACUUUCAUCACAUUUCAUCUACGAAUUUCUGGAGCCGUGCAUGAGUUUCCUCGUAUGUCAUAUUCGCAAAUUCUAUCGAAAAAUACUACUAAUUAUAACCUAUUCAGAAUUAAUAAAUUUUUUGGUCUUACCUAAAAAUCGUGCACAAACUGUAACCUCGGUCUGAAAGACCGAAACGGUGAUUUUAACUGGGUAAAUAAGUUAAGAAAUCUAUGUGUAGACUGAAGCUUAAGGAAUAUCUAGACGGGCAAGUUGAUACAUGCAUGCGCCUUUGUUUACUUUAGAAUAAUUUUACGAAUCGAUGUGAGAGACCGCACGCACGUUUCAGACGGAGGGUUAAGCUUUGUCCUCCGCUAAACACUAGCUCACUGUAUUACAAAGUAAAGAUUUGCAACCACAAUUGUACCUCUUAUGACUUGGCAUGACAUCUUUAAUCACAAGCCAUUACUGAAUUAUGAUUCCAUACAUAAAGUCUGGUAAAGUAACAUUAGAACCAGUCGUGAUAAAUGGAAGAACAUUGAACUACUUGCCAAAAGGAGAAAUUAAUUUCAAGAUAAAGUUCAACGAUGAGUUUCAAGCAUUUCCUCGCCAAAAGCUAUAAGUAUGGCUAUGGUUGGGUUUUCGCGGUUAUACAACAGACUGCAAAAAUUUUGAUCACCUUAACGACAUAAAGCAGGUUUAUUCCCAAGGAUUGCUAGUCUUAUUAUGGAAGCUUGCAAUAUGAAUAGAAUAAUUAUUUUCAGAUAAUAUGGAAAGCUUUUAAUUUUAAAUGAAAUAAGAUUUUGUUUAGUAGAAGUAUAGUUUUUUGCUUUCUUAUAAAAGUUCUUUGCAAGGAGAAAAUAGCGUUUAAGUUUGUUUGAUGAUAUAAUUUCUUUAUACAAAGGAAAAACUUUCAAAUAUGAAAUAUAAAAUCCACCAUCUACAUUUGAGUAAAUAGAUGAUAACUGGAAGGAACACUGUCAAGGUACCACUAAAAUAUGAGUCCCUAAUUCAGAUUUUUAUUAUAAAUAAUCUGAGGAACAAUGGAUAGUAACAUGAAAUUAAAAUGAAGUAACGGACAUCUUAUCUUGAACUAAUAUUCUUCAUGUAGGUACAUACAAUGUCAAGGCAUCUGUUAAUAAAUAAAUAAGAUCAAUAUGUAAUUGAAUAAUCAUGAACACUGCAAUAUUUGCAUCUAUUUAAUAAUCAUUGAAUAAAAUGGUGAUUGAAUAUAAUAAAUAUCUGUGUGUAAUAAUAUUUGUUUUCCUAAAUUCUAUUCAAUUUGGAAAAAUAUCUUUAAACUUUGCAAUUUAAAAAUAAUUAGGAAAGAAAAUAGUUUUUAUAGUGUAUACCGAAGGCAUUUAUCCGCCAUAAAAAUUCUUAUACCCAAUAAAAGUUUAUAUAUAAACCAA